AUGCGCAAUGUAGCACGUAUUGAGGAAGAAAGGAAGGAACUAGCAAAGAGUCAAGACUGCACAUUCGAUGGAGGUCUACCCAAGUUUUACAUUACUGAGAUAGUCAGGGAUUUUGCAGAAUGUGUUAAAGACAUGGGCAUCAAUGAAAUACAAUGGAAAGGUAAUCACUAUACUUGGAAUAACAAACAGACUGGUAGUGCUAGAAUUUCAAGUAGGAUUGACAGAGCCUUUGGGAAUGAUGCAUGGAUGGAAAAAUGGGGUCAUGUUAUUUUGGAGUAUGGGAAUCCAGGUGUCUCUGAUCAUAGCCCUAUGCAAUUGUUACUACAACAAACUCAACAUCAGGCCAACAGAUCGAAGGCUAGAAUGGAACUUGCAGAGAUUCAAGAACAGCUAUACAGUCAGGCAAAUGAUGAGUUAAUUGCUAAAGAAAAAGAGUUACUGAUAAAGCUGGAAAAGUGGUCAGUGAUAGAGGAAAGUGCUCUAAGGCAAAAAGCAAGGGCAAAAUGGAUACAGCUGGGGGAUGCAAAUAACAAAUACUUUAGUUCAGUGAUAAAGGAGAGAACUCAAAAGAAGCAUAUUAGAAAUAUUUUAUCUAUAGAUGGAAGGAUGUUGUAUGAACCUCAAGAGAUUCAAGAUACGUUUGUUUUGUUUUAUAAAAUUCUUAUGGGAACUUCAGCAGGUAAACUUCCAGCUAUAAAUGCUCAGGUGAUGAAAAGAGGGCCUGUAUUGUAA